AUGUGGGGCUUAUCUUUCCAGAGCCUUCUUUCCACCAAUAAUGAAAUCUAACUUGCAGAAAUCAAACAGAAGUACCAGGCAAAGAAUACCUAUGAGGAAGUUCAGCAGCCUGCUCACAUAGGCAUCAGGGACCAGGAGUCAGAGUAGUUCCACAUAUCCACCAGGCUGGAAGCAGGCAUGAUAGUGACAUUUUCCUUAGCCUAUAAGUUCAUGAUGCAGUGGCACCAGCUGUUGGUGAGCCUGAGACAAUUUGUGAUAAGGAUAAGCAUAGAAUCCACAGAGUCAGAAAGGCCAGGCAUUGCCUAUGUAAAUAUGACAUCCCUGAGAACCAGUCAUCUAUUAACAAAUACCCACACAAUCUCCAUAGUAUCACUGCAAGACCAGUCAGCUCUCUCUAGCUCAGGUAUUGUGUCAGACUUCAUGGCACAGUAUGAUGUGGUCAUGGAGAACAUUAUUGGAGAAGUGUAGGUUUAUGAUGGCCUUUUACUUCAUUACUUUGUCCCUAAAGUCCUCCUACCUGUGGAGAAAGAUGUGAGUUUUAUUAUAGAUGUGAGCAGCUCUAUGUUUGAUGCCAAGAUGAAGCAGAUUUAGAAGGCCAUAAAUGUGAUCCUCAUUGACCCGUGAGUCAAUGACUACUUCAACAUCAUCUUUUCUGAAGUUAGUGUCUGGCAAAUUGGAGGUUCCAUCCAGGCCACCAUUCAGGAUGUCCACAAUACCAAGUUAGGGACUGGCAUCACAGAUCUGCUGGCAGAUACAUCAAUGCUCAACUAUAGCAAUAACAAGCCAAAGAGGGGGGUUCAGUGUGGAGAAGAUCCCUCUCAUUAUCUCCUUGGUGUGAUGACUCUCAGUGUGAUCCUCUCCACUGUCCAUCAGGCACUGGGCCACAAGCUAUUUCUUUUCAGUUUGGUCUUUGGAGACGAUGCUGACUUCCUGCAACUGUGCUUCCUUUCCCUGGAGAACCAGGGAACAGCCCAGAGAAUAUAUAAGGAAGUUGAAGCAGCUCUGCAGCUGUAGGGCCUCUAUGAGGAGAUUGGCAUACCUCUGCUCAGAGAUGUGCAUCUUGAUUACUUGGGUGGCUUUUGGGGGGCUUCUACUUAGGCUUUUCCCCCCAUCUACUUUAGUGGCUCAGAGUUGGUGGUGCAGCCAGGUGAUCAGGAAUAGGGCAUCCAUCUGGCAGACUGUGGCCCAUAGAAUCAGCUUCACAUGGCCUACCGCAGUGAGGUGGUCACCAGGAGCAGCCAGGCUUUUGCCAGCUCAGGGGAGCCAGGCUCAAAUGUAACACUUAUUAGUUACCUCUGGUCCUACAUCAUUUUACAGCUUCUAGAGGCAUACUUCCAGGCCCAUGAGAGUACCACUCAUCAUCUACUGGAGGUCAAGGCCCUCAAACUAUCCCAUGAAUACAAUGCUGUCACACCUCUGAAUCCCUUGAUCUUACAGGCCAGAGAAGGGAUCUGGAGACAGGCCCUUACCACAGGCAGGCCAAGUACCAUCAUGGCUUCAUAUACUAGCAGGCAUGGCCUAGGAGCAGGCAUAGACCAUCCAGCCUGGCUCAAGGUUUCCUCUCAAUCAAGGACUAUGAAACUAAAGUCAUACCUGUGUUCAACUAUUCCUGCCUCUACAAAGAAGAUUCCCAGAUCCAAGAAACUGUAGCUACUGGGCCAGAGUCCUACAACCCUAUCAAUCCCAGUAUACCCUAACCCUAAACUAGCACAACAGGAUUUUGCCACCUUGGCACAGCUGAUUUUCAGGAUGAAACCUGCUACUCUUAUACCCUUAGUUUCUGGUGCUCUGUUGCAUCUGAAGCUGAGCUCUCCGUUACUCCAGAAUCCCUAUAUUCCAUUAUUCAUGAAUUCCAAGUCAUAAGUCUCACCUCUGAAUCCUGGUACCCCAUCUAAGUCCAAAUCUGACACAAUUAAACCUGUUAUACAACUAUAUUCCAAACCUGGUGCUCCAUCACAACCUAAACUACAUAGUGUUUCCAAAAUGGCAAACAACCUGCCUAUAACUUACACAAGUAUCCUCUUACACAACACUCCUAAAAUUCCACCAUCUUAUAAGCCUAGCCCACCUCACCAAGCUUCCUAAAAUCUAUCAUUCUGUAAACCUGAAACUUCAGCCCCCCAUAUAGCAAAGACUCCACUCACUUUGAGACCUGGCAAACCCAGGCCCUCACCCCCUCAGAGCCUAAACACAAGUACAGUUUCACAUACCAUAUGUCCCAGAAAAAGCUACCACCCAAAUAUGCUGAUCUUGCAGCCUCCCAGCUCCUUCCCUGAAGUUAUCAGCCUGUUCCUUCUUCCAGAGGAAGUAGAGCUACUGUUUGAACCACUGAUGAAAUACACAUUUGUGAAGUCUUUAAAUCCAACAGCUUUCUAUACCUUCCUCACUCCUGACAAAGAUGAUGAGUGAAAUCCACAUUGCAGUGGCAGUUCUGAGGACAUCUUUGGAAGAGCUAGAGGCAGCAUGAAAUUUCAGGAAAAUUCUAUGAAAAUUAACAACAUUCCACAUUCCAAAUAGAAACUCUGCUUUACACUGGAUAGACACCCAGGAGAACUACUGCAUCUCAAAGAGAACAACCACAUCUACUUCCAGGUCAUCACCUCUGCAGAUAGACCUCAGGUCUAUGCUGUCACUGUCACUUGCAGCUUCAUAUCUGUGUGAGCUCAAAGCAAGAGCCAACCUGACUUCAGCUCUACCGAGAUGGCCAAGCAGGCAGACGACGACCUGGAGAAAAUUGAGAACAAAGCAGAAUUCACCAUAGACCUGCUUUCCAGUUACCUGCAAGCUUUCAAGAAAGCCCUGGUCCUGGUCAUGCCGGUGCAAGAGCAGACCAACAAAGAAACCAGCAAGCAUAAAAUUGUCUGUUUGGGCCCGAAGGAAGAAGAUGGCACUCAGUUAGAUUUACCUGCCCGGGAGCUACUUCUGGCAGACCAGAAAAUUGAGAG